UAUUCUCCCCUGCAUUGAAAUCUGACCUCAAUCAAACCAAUCACUUGCUACCCUCUGACCGACAAAGUCACCCAGUCACCCACCCUAUCCACACUAAACCUUAUUGCUGCAGAAAGUCAACGUAAGAACCACCCAUGGAAAUUUCUACCAAUUCCAUGUUAUGAUCCUUUCUAUCGUCUCAACUGUCAACAAAAGAACCAAAUUAACACGAAAACCAUUUUUAUCUCCUUUCAACUAUGGGGAGAGCCUUACUCUCUGUCUUCCUUCACAACCUAUUACAGCACCUUCUCCUCCUCACAUCCAAGCCCUUCAUCAUAAAACCACCCAAACAUCAGCUCAAACUCAUGGCUACACUUCGAAUACUCGAUACUCUCGUCGAUGAUGCUGAAGAGAAGCAGUUCUCAGCAAAAUCCAAAUCAUUAAAGGAAUGGCUUAACGCAUUGCAAUACGCUGUUUAUAGAUUAGAGGAGCUUCUAUGGCAGUGGCAGGGUGCAAGUGCAACACAGACAACCACAAACACCAGUUUUCUUGGAGCAUUCUCUAAGUUAAUCAAACCAAGCGUAGAUUUUAAACCACAACUCGGUGACAUCAUUGACAGCUUAGUAGAGCUUUCUGAAAUGAAAGAUGUUCUUGGCUUAACUCUUGUUACAUGGAGGGAAUCAUCGUUGCGAGUCUUGGAUUCAUGUUCUGUUGUUUUGGAGGACUAUUUCUACGGAAAUUAUCCAAAAGAUUAUUUCUAUGGAAGGGAACAAGAAGAGAAGUCUGUGUUCGAAAUCUUGUUGUCAACAACUAAUGUACAACAUAACAAAGUGAUUAACAUUGAAGGUAAACCCGGGGCUGGGAAGACUGCUUUUACUGAUGUAAUUUACUUCAAUCACAAGGUGAGGGAAUGUUUUGAACUUAGAGCUUGGAUCACUAUUCCUUACAAGGCCAAAGUUAGCUUUAUUGCUAACAAGAUUCUUGAAGCAGUUGCUGAGGAAUUUGUUCCUGGGAAUGAUUUACAUCAGCUGACCAAAAAGUUGAAGGAAAGCUUUCAAGGGAAAAAAUUUCUGCUGGUGUUGGAUGAUAUCAGGAUUGAACCUGAGGAUGCAACAGAGAACUGGAACAUGCUUGUUGAUUCUUUGUUUGAAGCAGCAACAGGAGGGAGUGCCAUAAUCUUCACCUCUAAUCCUGGUGAUGAUGAUGAUGAUUCACUGCUUGUGCCACAAUGUAAUCAUACAUUCCAUCUGGGUCUGCUAUCAUCAGAGAAUGCAUGGUCAAUUUUUUUGGUGCAUGCUUUUGGGAAGAUGGAUCUUAAUGAGAAUCCAGAACUAGUAGCAGUUGGAAAAGAAAUAGUCAGAAGAUUGAGAAACCUUCCCUUGGCUGCAAAAAUGAUUGGGAGCCUCUUGCAAGAUAAGCUACAUCUCAGUGAAUGGGUUGAUAUAUUGAGGAACAAAUUGAUCGAUGAAGGCGAUGUGAAUCUACCAAUUCCUGCUUUUCUUGUCCUUUGUUACCUCGAUCUCCCUGCAGAGCUUAAACGUUGCUUUGCUUAUUUGUCGUUGUUUCCAAAGGGUUAUGAAUUCAAGCAGAAAGAGGUGGUUCUCUUGUGGAUGGCACAAGGCUUUCUGCAAAACAUAAACUCUAACUCCAAUCACAAAAGCAUGGAAGACAUUGGUGAUGAAUAUUUUGGUUAUCUAAUCUUGAGGUCAUUCUUGCAACCGUUUGGUUCGGGUGUAAGUUUUACAAUGCAUAAUCUGGUUCAUGAUUUGGCAACCUUUGUAUUUGGAGAAUCAUAUAAGCACCAUUUGUCAUAUUUCAGAAUCACACAGGAUUUUCCAGAAUCACUUUUAGAUAAAAAUGGAAAACUGUUGAGAACCAUUUUGCCAGUAGGUUUGCCUCUUGAGCGAGCUCCUAGCCAUAUUCGCACUUUCGCGUUAGAGGAAAUUAUAUAUCAGUUGAAUCCAUAUUUCUUCCGGACUCUCUCAUUGUCUCACUAUGACAUAACCAGCUUACCUGAUUCAAUUGGAAGAUUAAGUCAUCUUUGUUACCUUGACCUUUCACACACUGCAUUGCAGACCCUUCCAGAUUCCAUUUGCGAUCUCCGUAAUUUGCAGACACUUAAGUUGACAAACUGCCGUUCUCUCGCAAGUUUCCCUCCGAGAAUAUGCAAUUUGAUAAACUUGCGUUGCCUUGAUGUUAGAGAUAGCGGUGUGCAAGAGAUGCCUUUCCAAAUGAACAAAAUGACAAGUCUUCGGACAUUGACCGACUUCAUUGUAUCUAAAAAUGACACAAGACUUGAAGGCUUAGCAACUCUUUCCAAUCUCAAAACAUUGACCAUUUCAAAGCUCCAAAACGUGGCUUUUGCUAUGGAUGCUUCAAAUGUUAAGCUGAAAGAGAAAAAUAGCCUUAAUGAUCUUAUGCUUCAAUGGGGAAAUGGUGAAGAUGUCAAUGGAAAUGAAAUGAAAGUUCUUGAGAAUCUAGAACCACACAGAGGCUUACAAAGACUAACAAUUGAAUACUAUGGAGGUGGAAGAUUCCCAAAUUGGUUGCAGGAUCCAUCCUUUUUGUCAUUACAAUUAGUAGAUCUCCGGCAUUGUCAAAAUUGCGAAUCCUUGCCAACAUUCGGGCAGCUUCCAUUUCUUAAAGAUCUCUUUAUUGAAGGGUUCACUAAAGUUAGUUCCAUAGGCAAUGAGUUUUAUGGAACUAUGACUGCUUCACAUAAGCCAUUUCAAUCUUUGGAGACUUUACAGUUUUGGGAUAUGUGGGAAUGGAAAGAAUGGAACAUAUUAGAAGGUGUUGAAUUCCCCCAUCUCAUUGAGCUUUAUAUAAUACGGUGUCCCAAGCUAGAGAUGAAUUUACCCAAACAACUUCCAUCUUUACAGAAGUUGGAGAUUUCUGGAUGCCAUGAUCUUGUAGCUCCACUUCCAAAAGUUUCAAGUACAUGUGAAGUUUUUGUUCAUGACAGUAAUGAAAGAUUGAUGAGAAAUGUUGCUAAAACCCACUCACAAGCAUCAUUGCGCCGACAUGUUGUAAUUUCUGAACAACUACAGGAAAUCACCCCGCUAUCCUACUCUGGUUUUACCAGCAAUAAGUUCACUGUUGGCUCAUCUUUAAGGGAGAUUGAAGAAAUUGCGCACGAGGAAAGGAUGGAAACUGAAUUCAAACCAAAUAGAUUACCUCCUAAUUCUGCAUCUUUUGAUGCAAUAAGAAUCCCAAAGCCUCAACAAACAGAUCCACAAUCUUCAUUGGCUAAAGCUACAAUUCCAAAAACCGCACAAGCUGAUGAUCGUCCAUCACAAGAUAUUGAUGAUGAACGGUUAUCUUUUGAAAUAUUAAAAGUUACAACUGUAUCACAAUUGAAGCUAUUGCCGCCUAAUCUGCUUAGCUUAAAAAUUGAAGGAUGUGGAUUAUUAGAGGUCCUUCCAAAUGAUUUGCUAGGCGGAUUACCCGUUCUUCAAGAAUUAUAUCUGAUCAACUGUUCUUCUCUUAGAUCCUUUCCUUAUCCUAAUUCCUUGGAAACACUUUACGUUCGUAACUGUAGAGCAUUGAAACUUGUUGUAUCUUCAGAAUCAAGAAAUAAACUUUCCUUUCUCCAACAUCUGUUCAUUGGGAAUAGUAGUGAUUCACUCACUAUCUUUAACUUAAAUUUGUUCCCUAAACUCAAAAUUCUAUGUAUAUGGGAUUGUCCCAAUCUCUUAUCAUUUGUUCUUGGAGGGGAAUUUAGUGGUGACCUUGCAUCACUUGAGUCUAUAGAAAUUAGAGACUGCACAGGAUUGAGGUCUUUCCCAGAUGAAGGACUAAAUGCACCAAAUCUAUCAUCCAUGUUCCUUUCCAAUAGCAACAAUCUUACCAGAUUACCCAAUUCUAUGAACUCUCUCACAUCUCUCAAGUCAUUAUAUUUACAUAGAUGUCCACUCAUUGAAUCUUUACCAUUUGGGGGGUUGCCUUCAAGUUUAACUCUACUCUCAAUUUCCUAUUGUGACAAGCUUACACAACAAAAGAAUUGGGGGUUGAAAAAUCUUGAAUCUCUCACUCAUUUUGAGGUUGAAGGUGGAUGCAUAGGCAUGGAGUCAUUUCCUGAUGAGAAUAUGCUUCCUGUAAGUAUAAUGUCUCUUCGCAUCAGCUCAUUGAAGUGUCUGAGGAAGCUUGACUACAAUGGUUUUCAACACAUGAAUGCACUUCAUACACUUGAAAUUAAUUGUUGUGACAUACUACGAUCCUUGCCGGAACAAGGAUUUCCUUCCUCCUUGGAUCAUUUAAGUAUCCUGGAAUGUCCAUUGUUGAUUCCAAGGCUUAAACCCAAAAUAGGAAAGGAGUGGCACAAGGUGGCUUGUAUCCCUCACAUACAAAUUGAUGGGCUGUGCCUAAGCUAGGCAUUUA